AUGUACAAUCCCUACCAACACCCAGGUCUCUACGGCCAAGCCCCCGAUUACGGUGCCUAUGGCGCACCCCCAGGAAUGGCGCCUCCUCCAGGGAUGGCCGCCCCAGGAACCGCUGCUCCUCCAGGUGUGCAGCAAGUAAACAGCCAGCAGCCAGGCCGACCAGGAGGCUUCCCGCCCAACUUCCAACCGCCCGCGAAUAUGCCCAACAUCAACUUUUCCGCGCCGGUGAUUCGCCUGGGAACCUCGGGUCCCGCAAAGCCUACAGGCGCAGCUCCAGAAAUGGGUCGGGAGCGGGGAUCGGACGGUCCUGGCCGUCGUGCUGGUCUUGGAGCCGGAGGCAUGGAUACCCAGCGCCACCAUGGCCGUGAUACAAUGAUGCCGCUUCAGCCUCCUACACGCGACGAGGUCGUGCGCACUCUUUUCGUUGGCGGCAUUACGGAGGGUGCUGGUGGUGAUGAUGGAAUUGAGCGCAUUCUGGGCUCUGUGGGUGGUCUGCGACGGUGGAUUCGCGCUACGGAUGCCGAUGAGAAGCCCUGUCGGUUUGGUUUUGCUGAAUUUGAGGAUCCCGCCAGCCUGGAGAUCGCGGUGGAGAUUCUUAAGGAUGUGCAGGUUCCUGUGAAGAGGCAAAUGCCUCGUGAUGAAGGUGCUGAGGAGCUGGAUGUUGAAAAGAGCACUCUUCUGGUCGUUGUUGAUGAGAGCACGCUCACCUAUCUUGAGCAGUUUGAGGCUUCGCGAGCAGAGCAAGACCCCGAGGAACGUCAAGCACGCUUCAGCGCUGCGCGCAACAACCUGAACAGUGUUUUGUCCGACCUUUGCAACCCUACUACCCCUACAAAAAAGGAAAACGCCUCGGCCCUUGAUCGUGAGGGAGACAGUGAGAUGAAGGAUGCUGUUACGAAGGACGGCGAGGUCGUCACCAUUCCGAUUACAAUUGAAGACGAGUUGGCCGACAUCCCACCCGAGAUGCGCGCAAAUGUCGCCAAGGAGAUUGCUGCAUUCCGUGAACGAAGCAACCGCCGCGAUAUUGAGCGUCUGAAACGCGAGGAGGAGAUUGAAUCUAUGGAACGCGCUCGGAAUUCGGGCUCGAGAAUCAGCCGGCUUUCGUCACCCCCAGCAUCAGCCCCCAGCGGUCCGGCUGGUGGUACCAACAAUAUCCCACUGGGUCCCCGGGAUCGUAGCGGGGCCAACGCUAAGCCGUUCGGAGUUCAAAUCCCCAAGGACUACCAGAAAGGUGUCUCCUUUGUGAAUGGCGGAUCACUCAACGGUGUCUCCAUUGACCGUGACGCCGAGGACUCCGAUGCUAGCGACGAGGAAAUCGAACGCCGCCGACAGGCCAAGCACAACGAUGAUCAAGAGAAGCAGUUCUUGGAUCAGGAGCGCCGCUGGCUCAACCGUGAGCGCAGCCGAACCGCUGCCCUCGAGCGUGAGAAGAAACGUGAGAAGGAAGAAGACGGAAGGCUACAAGCUGCACAUGACGAGAUGGAAGCACGUCUUAAGGCCUGGAAUGAUGAUACCGAAGCCAGCCGCAAGACAACCGACUAUUACGCAGAUCGUGGUGCUUGGCUGCGCAGCCGUGCCGCCCAACGCGCUCGCGAGAUUAACAUCGACGAUGCUGAUCGUGCCGCCGAAGACCGUGAACGUGUUCGCAACGCCCAGCAACAGGAGCAGGCUCGCGGUAUGGCAGAUGACUUCCUUGCCCGCCAGGCUGAGGAGCUCACGGCCCGUACCGUGGAAGCACCCCGUGAACCCCAGCGCUUCAAGCUUUCUCUCGGAGCUGCAGCCCAGAAGGCCCAGGCCGCUACCAGCCGCCGCACGGUUGCCGAAGUUGAGGGUCUACUCGAAGACGAGGAAGAACCUGCUUCUACCACCCGCCGUCAACUGGUCCCAAUCAAGUUCGACUCCGCCGCCGAAGCUGCCGGUCUCACCGACGAAGAGCGCGCCCAAGCAGCUCGCCAACUGGCUGCCGAGAUCCCGACGGACAAGGAGGGUCUUUGGAAGUGGGAGGUCAAGUGGGAAUUUGUGGACGAGGCUAUUCUCAGCGACCAGCUCAAGCCAUUUGUGGAGAAGAAGAUUGUCGAGUAUCUUGGUGUGCAAGAACAGAUGCUGGUGGAUGUCGUGGAGGAGCAUGUGCGCAAGCACGCGCCUCCUCAGGAACUGGUCGAGCAACUGGCAGAAGCAUUGGACGAGGAGGCCGAAGUUCUUGUUCGCAAGUUGUGGCGCAUGAUCAUCUUCUUCUCGGAGAGCGAGAAGCGCGGUCUUUCUUCGUAG